CAGGUCAAAUACUAGGUCGCGCCGUUCCAGAUUGCCAAUGGAUCCCGCGAAAUUCUAAUUCAACUUCAACAAUAGCUGCUUAUCAACGGUUUCCAGAAAUAGUGAGAGAAUGGACCGGAUUCAAUCGAAAUGUCAGACUUACUACUGCUGGUAGACAAUUUCCCCCUCCGGGAGGACAAUUUGAUACAUACCCAGCUUUAAAUAUCCCUCUCAGUCUUGAAGGAGAUGUAAAAGAUCGUUUUUAUUUGAAUGUUUUAGUGCCUGUCCAAGCAUUAUUACCACCAGGAGCAUGUUUUGGAGUUACAUCCCCCGGAUUUUUGGGCUCUUCUGAUCAUGUUCUAAGCACUAAUAAUUUCACAGUGGCCAAGAUGCCUGUGGAAUAUAAAACGCGUCACAAUCUUAACUUAAUUGGUUAUCAUUUCUGGCAAAUUUAUCGACUUGCCGACCGGCGCCUAAUCACGGAUUUACGUUUUAAAUUCAAGAAAAGGAUCCUAUCGCAGAUAUUUGGUCAAAUGGCCUGUAAUGGCCUCCAUUAUGGCAUUUUAUCAAAUUAUAGCGAUACGUACUUUCUUAAACGAGAAGAAACAUCUCCAACCACCCUGUAUGUUACUCGUGUUGUUCAACCCACUGAUACUGAUCCAACUUUACGCGAAUGCGUUUACUAUAUUAGCCAACUUGCCAUUAAUGAUAAUGUCGGCAAUAGAUUAAGACGUGUAGUGACUGCUGAUAUUUCAUCUGAUGAUGAUGAUGAUGAAAUUACUACUGUAGGCGAGUACAUAGGCGGUGGGUCCUUCGGAAAAGUUUUUUCUGGGCAUUAUAAUAAUCAAGUUGUAGCAUGGAAGACUUGUGACGCAUAUAAGCAACAAGAGGAGAUGAAAACGCUAAAUCAUGAAGCUCGUAUAUAUUCUAUUUUGAAAGAAUGUCAAGGUCGUGAUGUUCCACGUUUAUUCUAUAAAGGUUACAUUUAUGACAGAUAUCUUUUUGCAUUAGCGUUACAGUUAAUUGAGGACUCCCGUCAUAUUGAUCCAGCAAGACUCACAAAAAAGGAGAAAGAGUUAAUAGUCAAUCAACUUAGAUCAAUACAUAAUCUUGGCGUCUUACACAACGAUAUUUCCCCAAGAAAUAUACUAUAUGAGCCAAAAAGUUGCCUUUACUUUUUUAUUGAUUUUGGCCUAAGUGAGAUUGUGGAUAAUAAAUCAUCAAAAUUGCACAAGGAAGAAGCAAGAUUAAAAAAAAUUUUACAACUUUAAACAUCUGAAUGUAUAGACUAUACUGCAUUAUCACGCUAGAUGAAGCAUAAAUAAAUUUAUUGCAAGCUACAAUGUAUGUAU